AUGCGCUUCUCCACACUAGUCGCUUUUGCGGCUGCGACAAUCACCCAAUGUGCCGCUACCUCCCACGGCCAACCUAGUGGCUCCCAGGGCGAAGUCCCUUCCACCCGCUCCUACUUUUAUGUAGGUGGAGGCUAUGUCAGUGACGGAGCGGGAGGGAACAUCUUCCGCGACCAGAUGUACGUCGAGAAGCUGGUACCAGUCGGUGGUGCCAAGCAACGAACCCCGAUUGUCUUUAUCCAUGGCCAGGGGCAGACAGGCAGCAACUUCCUAAACAAGCCCGACGGCGGCCGUGGUUGGGCAUCACAGUUCAUUAGCCAAGGAUACAUAGUCUACAUCGUCGAUCAAACCUUGCGAGGCCGAUCAGCAUGGAUGCCAGCCGACGGAGCCAUCACGCCCUCGACCUACUCGGCCGAGAUCAUCGAACAGCGCUUCACUGCUGGCCAGGACUUCAGCCUCUGGCCGCAGGCAGUCAACCACACCCAGUGGCCUGGUACUGGUCUGCGAGGUGACCCGGUCUUUGAUGCCUUUUAUAGCUCCAACGUCCAAUUUAUUAAUAAUACCACAUAUCAGCAAGAGACUGUGCAGGCUGCUGGUGCUGCACUGCUUGAAAAGAUUGGCAAGCCUGUCAUCCUUCUCGGCCACAGUCAAGGUGGGAUCAUGCCUAUCCUUAUCGCAGACGCACGCCCUAAGCUCACCAAGGGCCUUAUCCUUCUUGAACCCUCCGGCCCUCCAUUCCGAGACGCCGUCUUCAGCACCAGAGCCGCUCGAGCUUGGGGCUUGACCGAUAUCCCCAUCACCUACAGUCCUGCCGUUGUCAACCCUGCUGCCGACCUUGUCCAAAAGAUUCAGCCCAACCGAGGCGAGGACUUUGUGCAGUGUGUUCUUCAAGCCGACGAACCCACGCCGCGCCGCUUGAUUAACCUACAGGGCAAGCCCAUCCUGAUUGUCACUAGGGAAGCUUCCUACCAUAUGCCAUAUGAUUACUGCGUGGCCCAGUUCCUGCGUCAGGCUGGCUGUUCCAAGACCAAGCACAUUGAGCUUGGAGCAGCUGGUAUCCAUGGCAAUGGACACAUGAUGUUUAUGGAGAAAAACAGUGAUAGAAUUCAGGCCGUUUUGGAGCGCUGGGUUCGGUCACGGUGAUUGAAGUUUGUCACCAAACUUGGAGAAAGGAGAGUUGUAGUCCUGGUGUAGACUUCUUUAUGAUAAAAAAGCAAAGGUUCUUUCCUAUGUACCCUAUUUUCCCCGAUAUUAAUGAUAUCUAACAAGCAAUU